AUGAGAAGCAUGAGAUAUAUCCUCAACCGCCUGAGGUCUGGUACAGCAAAGGUGAAACACUGGGAAAACCUUUACAAGAUGAUUUCGAAUGCUGUGUCCAUUGGCAGAUAUAUGGAAAGUUUAAGUACGAAGUUAUCACUAGUGGAGGACGACAUGGGAUGUUUUGGAGACACUUUAGCUGAAACAAUGGCUGUAUUGGGGGCAAUGAUUGACUUUCGCGAUUCGCUUGUAGAAAACCGUCUUGUAGUGAAUUCCGGUGUUGAUCCUGAAUUGGAUAAAGCGAAAGAACUCUACCGACGGCUGCCUGGAAUACUCACGCAAGUUGCACAUGACGAAUCGAAGCGUCUCCAGGCUGAUACUUGUUCGGUGGCCUAUGUGCCAAUGAUUGGAUAUUUAUUAGCUGUACCGUACGACUUCAACGUAGAGCAAUUUGAUGACCUCCAAGUGAUCUACUCUACGGAUAACACAUUGAAUGUGAAGAGUGAACGAAUGAGAGAACUCGAUGAAGAACUGGGCGAUGUGAAGAUGAAAAUAAUUGAUAAGGAAACUACCAUUGCCAUCAGGCUUCUUGUGCGAAAUAUCCAGAAAACUCAUGUGUCUAAUAGUGAUUUGAAAUAUCUUUGGAAUUGCUUCGAGAAUUUGCUUUAG